AUGACGAAACUGCGAGAUUUAAUAUUUACAGUGAUCAUUUUCUUUUCUUUAUACAUAUUCUUUUCUCAUCAUAGUUCUAGAGCUCUUAAACUCCAGGGAAAGACGAAACCUGAGAAUAUGCAAAAAGUACAAGAAUUUUCUGAGCUCCAAAGUUUUUUUGUUCAAAAGAACUGGUGUAAUGCAAAGCUGUGUUCAAAAGAUGCAUGUGCGGAGGAGGAGUUUGUCAGAACUCAGGACUUACAUCCUACAAGUAAAGAAAAUAAAACAAUUCAUUUCUCAAGGGAGAGAAUGCGAGAAGAAGUCUUUGAUGGAAUCUUUUUCUCAUCAAAUUCUCUUAUGCAGACGCAAAAAUUAAUCGUGGUAUCAACAAGCUACGGAGCUCCACCUCGCUACUCGCUCUCUUGGAUUGAUUUGCAACCAUGGCCUGUAUUUGUUUCUACAAAAGAAGAGGGUUUUGGCUUUGCAAGCGAGCCAUGGGGCAAUUUUGGUCAGGAAAUUGCUUCAUAUAUGCGUUUUAUACUCAUGUUUUGGGAUUAUCUACCGGAACAUGUUGCUUUUGUACAUGGACAUGAGAAAACAUGGCAUCAAGAGGGGUAUAGAAUGUCAUACAUGUUAAGAAAUGUUUGUCUGGACAAAUUUGGAUAUGCAAGCCUAAAUGCUUUUGAAAAUGAAGCCUGGAGACCAGUUAGGGGUGCAAAAAGUUAUUUUAAUAUAAUCAAAAGAUAUUGGAAGCUAGUUGAGCCAUAUCUUGGUGCUAUGCCAAAAUCUGGAUUCAAAGAAAAGUGCUGUGCACAAUUUGUGGUGUCUCGAGAAAGAAUAAAAGCGAGACCUCGAGAACUUUAUGAAUUAAUUCUGAAGCAGAUGACAGAUCCAAAGAAAGAUUACCGCCGUGCUCCACAUGGGAGGAAUUCUGGCUGGGACUUAAUUCAUUUUUGGGAGUCAAUAUGGCACUACAUUUUUGGUGAAGAUGCAGUGGUUAAUACUAGAAAAAAAUAUGGUUAUGGUGUAGAUAAGAACAUUGAAACUGGACGCCCGCUAAGCAAAUUGCCACAGCGAACACUUAAAUUAUUUAUAGCAUGUCCAUUUGAUUAUGUGUCAGGAAAGAUUGAGUGA